AUGCGUUGGACAAUAAUUAUCGUCGCAAUAUUUGCACUUGUUGCAUUAGUUACUUCUAAUGUCGUAUAUCCUAAUGGCAUGGAAGAGAUGAAUUCAAUGGGGGGUAAGAUGUUUCCAAAUGGAGAACAAGUAGUGGAGGAUUCUGGAUAUGUUCCAAAAAUGAGCAAACGUUAUUGGGUUCAACAAUAUGACUGGCGUCGUGAAGAAUGGUGUCGUCAUCAUCGUUGUUGGUAUUAG